GCAUUUAUUUGUAACAUCUCUUCUGGAUUAUCUUCUGAAUUAUAAUUGUCAUAGGAUGACUGACCUAGGUUAGAUGAUAAGACAGGAGGCAACCCAGCCCACAUUUCCAGUUUAACUUUCAGGUGUGUUAAUCAUGGCAGUUAGACAGACUGGGUGUGAGAGAAAAGCCAGCGGCUACACACAAAGACACACACCCUUACAUGUUAUUCCCAUGCUGAUAACUAGUGGUAUGGAGAACAAAGUCAUUUAUUCACGCCAAUGAACAUCAACUUGACCAUCAGGCAUACUGUAAGUAAUACCUCUUCAGUAUCUGUAACCAAUCUCUGUCUCUUUCAGCUAUGACUGACGUCCUCCCCGGCAGCCAUGCCGGAACUCCAGAGCCAGAGCUCCGCCUGGUCCUCCUAGGGACCAUCGGCUGUGGCAAGACCCUGUCAGGAGACACCCUCCUGGGACAGUCCUCCUCCGGCUCUCCUUCCUCCUCUGGUUCUUCCCCCAGGCUUUGCCAGCUGAGGCGUGGGACCUCUGAGGGCCGGAGGUUGACUGUGGUGGAGGCCCCUCGCUGGUACUGGAGCGGGGGCCACAUGGAGGCUGGGGUGAGGAAGGAGACAGAGAGGGCACUUGAGCUGGCUGCCCAGGGGCCACACGCCUUCCUGCUGCUGGUUCCUGUCGGCCAGUUCACUGAGGUGGAGCGCAGAGUGCCCGCUGAGCUGGAGGAGGUGUUUGGGGAGGGGGUGUUGAAACACACCAUGGUGCUGUUCACCUGUGGAGACUACCUGAUGGGCCGGGGGGCGGGACAGUACCUGGAGGGAGAGGACUCUGGGCUCAGGGAGGUGAUUGACAGGUGUGGGGGCCAAUACCAUGUCAUCAACAACCGCCGACCGCAGGACAGGGAGCAGGUCAGGGAGCUGCUGGAGAAGGUGGAGAACAUGGUACAAAAGAACAGAGGAUGCUACAUACGACAAAACACUCUGCAGAGAGAGAUGGAAGAACAAGCGAUGGAGAGAGAGAGGGAACUGAAGGAGAAGGUGGACGAACAAGCGAGGGAGAGAGAGAGGGAACUGAAGGAGAAGGUGGAAGAACAAGCGAGGGAGAGAGCGAGGGAACUGAAGAAGGUGGAAGAACAAGCGAGCGAGAGAGAGAGGGAACUGAAGAAGGUGGAAGAACAAGUGAGGGAGAGAGAGAGGGAACUGAAGGAGAAGGUGGAAGAACAAGCGAGGGAGAGAGAGAGAGAACUGAAGAGGUACAAAGUGAAGGAGGAGAAAGAGACUGUGCUGGAAUCUAGACACGUCACAAACACUGAGGCACGCAGAUAUUGUGGAAGCCAGAAAAGAGAGGUUACAUCUAACUCUGCUAUAGAGAGGAGAAGAGAGGAAGAGAGGGAAGAGAUCAAGAGAGGGGAAGAGAGUGAGGAGAUGGAAAACUGGAAGGAAGAGCUGGAGAAGAUAAAGAAAGAGAGGGAUGAGAUAAUGAAGAGCAGGAAAGAGAAGGAAGAGAUGGAGAGAAAAAUAGAGGAAGAGUGGGAGAAGAGAAGAAAAGAUGAGAUGGAGAAGAGAAUGAAGAGAAGGGGGAGAGAGAGGGAACUGAAGGAGAAGGUGGAAGAACAAGCGAGGGAGAGAGAGAGGGAACUGAAGGAGAAGGUGGACGAACAAGCGAGGGGGAGAGAGAUGGAACUGAAGGAGAAGGUGGAAGAACAAGCGAGGGGGAGAGAGAGGGAACUGAAGGAGAAGGUGGAAGAACAAGCGAGGGGGAGAGAGAGGGAACUGAAGGAGAAGGUGGAAGAACAAGCGAGGGGGAGAGAGAGGGAACUGAAGGAGAAGGUGGAAGAACAAGCGAGGGAGAGAGAGAGGGAACUGAAGGAGAAGGUGGAAGAACAAGCGAGGAGGAGAGAGAGGGAACUGAAGGAGAAGGUGGAAGAACAAGCGAGGGGGAGAGAGAGGGAACUGAAGGAGAAGGUGGAAGAACAAGCGAGGGAGAGAGAGAGGGAACUGGAAUCUAGACACGUCACCAACACAGAGACACGCAGAUAUUGGGGAAACAGGAAAAGAGAGGUUACACCUAACUCUGCUAUAGAGAGAAGAGGAGAGGAAGAGAGGGAAGAGAUCAAGAGGAGAAGGGAAGAGAUGGAGAGGAAAAGAAGGGAAGAGGGGGAAGAUAUGGAAGAGAAAGUGACUGUGAAACCCUUGGUUAACUGUCUUCAAUCAACACCAACACCAACACCACAGCAGCAGCCAACAGAGCCCCAGAAUGGUGGUUCAGCACUGUUCACGAGGAUCCCUAGUUUCCAUCUGACUGAAGAGGGCGCUAUACUCUCACAGCUGUCUGAACUCGAAGCAAAACCAGCCCAGAAAGUUGUUAAUACCUUCUGCCACAGAAUCAACAGCUUUGGAGAGAAGACAACCUCCUCCUCCUCCUCCUCCUCCUCCCAGUCAGAGUUGCGUGUGGUUCUGCUGGGUAGGUCAGGGUCAGGGAAGAGUGCAGCAGGUAAUAUCAUACUGGGUCGGGAGGAGUUUGUGUCUCGACCAGACAUUACCACAGCCGUCACUCAGGACUGUCAGAAGAGCAGGGCCCUCGUCGCCGGGAGACGGGUGGCAGUGGUGGACACUCCAGACUGGUUCCGCUCCGAGCACCCUCCAGACGUGGUCCGUUCCCAGCUGUCGUCCUGUGUGGCCCUCUCGGCCCCUGGCCCCCAUGCCUUCAUCCUCUGUGUCCCCGUGGACCAACCAGCCCAGGCAGAGCUACAGGCUCUAGGGGCCCUAGAGAAAGUCUUUGGUCCCGGGGCGGUCCGGACCCACACCCUGGUCCUCUUCACUCACUCCGAUCGGUUGAAGGAGAGCGGGAAAGUGGGAGUGGAAGGAGUGGAGAAGUAUAUUUCCAGCCAGAGGAGAGAUUUGUUGGAGUUGGUUAAACGAUGUGGGGAUCGGUAUCAUGUGAUGGAGAGAGGGAGCGGAGGAGAAGAGGAGGAGGAGAGGAAGAGGAGGAGUGUGGUGGAGUUAUUGGAGAAGGUGGAGCAGACGGUGAGAGAGGGAGGAGGAGAGUGUUUCUCCUGCCCGCUCUUCCAGGAGGCGGAGGAUAGGGUGAGACAGCGACAGAAGGAGAUAGUGAGGGAGAGGAGAGGAAGAGGAGAGGAGGUGAAGAGACAAGCGCUUCAUUCCUACUCCAUGCAGCCCUUGAGAGAGACAGAGGAAGAGGUGGAUGAGGAGGAGAUAGAGAGAACGAGAGAGGAGGCGGAGAAGAGUGUGAGCGCCCUGGAAUUGGAAAAUCUUCCCUCGCUCUCGUCCUCCUCUGCAUGGUCUUCGUCGCUCCUUCGCUCGGUGUGGGAGAUGGUGGGGGCGGGAGCAAGUAAGGUAGCGAGUAAGGUCCCCAAGCUGACGGCUGGAGGUGCGCUGCUGGGUGGGGUGGUGGGCGUCUUCUUUGGAGGGCCCAUAGGGGGCGCUAUAGGAGCCACUGCUGGAUCUGUGGUCACUGAGGUGGGGAGAAGGAGGUUUAGCAAGACAAAGAACUCAGCAGAAGAGACAGACGCCACAGGAAGAAUAGAGGGAGAAAUCUUGGACAAAGUGUUGAAAACUGAGUGAGAGAGUCAGAUCCACACAAGUUGAUAUGGAUGUACAGUACAGCAUUUUAUGAGAGAUUAUGUGAUAGGUUUCUACCAACAAUAUAUCCACAGGUGAUUGCCUGUGACUGUGCAGACAUUGUAUAUAUCUGUGAUUAUAAGCUGGGUGGGUCGAGCCCUGAAUGCUGAUUGGCUGACAGCCGCGGUAUAUCAGACAGUAUACCACGGGUAUGACAAACAUUUAUUUUUACUGUACUAAUUACGUUGGUAACCAGUUUAUAAUGGCAAUAAGUCACCUCGGGGGUUUGUGAUAUAUGGCCAAUAUACCACGGCUAUAUACCACGUUGCGUCGUGCCUAAGGACAGCCCUUAGCCGUGGUAUAUUUGCCACGGCUUGCUUCUGAAGCUAAGCAGGGUUGGUCCUGGUCAGUCCCUGGAUGGGAGACCAGAUGCUGCUGGAAGUGGUGUUGGAGGGCCAGUAGGAGGCACUCUUUCCUCUGGUCUAAAACAUAUCCCAAUGCCCCAGGGCAGUGAUUGGGGACACUGCCCUGUGUAGGGUGCCGUCUUUCGGAUGGGACGUUAAACGGGUGUCCUGACUCUCUGAGGUCAUUAAAGAUCCCAUGGCACUUAUCGUAAGAGUAGGGGUGUUAACCCCGGUGUCCUGGCUAAAUUCCCAAUCUGGCCCUCAAACCAUCAUGGUCACCUAAUAAUCCCCAGUUUACAAGUGGCUCAUUCAUCCCCCUCCUCUCCCCUGUAACUAUUCCCCAGGUCGUUGCUGCAAAUGAGAACGUGUUCUCAGUCAACUUACCUGGUAAAAUAACGGUAAAAAAUAAAAAAAUAAAAAAAUAUAUAUAUAUACCACACCACCUCGGGCCUUAUUGCUUUAACAUAAUGUUGGUAACUUUGUAUAUUGUAUAUCUGUGAACUUAAUGUUGGUAACAUUGUACAACAUAUGCUGAUGUGUAAGUUGUUUUGCGGCAAAUACAGGUUCUCAUUGACUACUUUAA